AGCAGGAAGAGCACCCGCGAGGCGGCGGCGGCGGACGAGUCGGUGGUGGCGGAGGCGAAAGCAACAGCUCUGGGGGGUGGCAGCCGCCCCGAGAGCAGGAUGCGGGUCUGGGUCGGGCUGACGCUGCUACUCUGUGUGGUGCUGCUGGGCUCGGCCUCGGCGUCGUCGGAUGAGGAAGGAGGUCAGGAUGAAUCCUUAGAUUCCAAGACUUCUUUGCCAUCGGAUGAGUCUGUAAAGGACCAUGGCACAACAGGCAGAGUAGUCGCUGGUCAGAUAUUCCUUGAUUCCGAAGAAUCAGAAUUGGAAUCACCUAUUCAAGAAGAAGACAGCUUCAGGAGCCAAGAAGGGGAAAGUGUCACAGAAGAAAUCAGCUUUCUAGAAUCUCCAAAUGCAGAAAACAAGGACUAUGAAGAACCAACAAAAGUACAGAAACCAGCUUUGACAGCCAUUGAAGGCACAGCUCAUGGUGAGCCCUGCCGCUUCCCUUUUCUGUUCCUGGAUAAGGAAUAUGAUGAAUGCACCUCAGAUGGAAGGGAAGAUGGCAGACUGUGGUGUGCUACAACCUAUGACUACAAAGCAGAUGAAAAGUGGGGCUUUUGUGAAACUGAAGAAGAGGCUGCUAAAAGACGGCAAAUGCAGGAAGCAGAAAUGAUGUACCAGACUGGGAUGAAAAUCCUCAAUGGAAGCAAUAAGAAAAGCCAUAAAAGAGAAGCAUACCGAUAUCUUCAAAAGGCAGCAGGCAUGAACCAUACCAAGGCCCUGGAGAGAGUGUCAUAUGCUCUUCUGUUUGGUGAUUACCUGACACAGAAUAUACAAGCAGCUAGAGAGAUGUUUGAGAAACUGACUGAGGAAGGCUCUCCGAAGGGACAAACUGCUCUUGGCUUUCUUUAUGCAUCUGGACUUGGUGUUAAUUCAAGUCAGGCAAAGGCCCUUGUAUAUUAUACUUUUGGAGCUCUUGGGGGCAACCUGAUAGCUCACAUGGUUUUGGGUUACCGAUACUGGGCAGGCAUCGGAGUCCUCCAGAGUUGUGAAUCUGCACUGACCCAUUAUCGCCUUGUUGCCAAUCAUGUUGCUAGUGAUAUCUCACUGACAGGAGGCUCAGUCGUACAGAGAAUACGGCUGCCUGACGAGGUGGAAAAUCCAGGAAUGAACAGUGGCAUGCUAGAAGAAGAUUUGAUUCAGUAUUACCAGUUCCUAGCUGAAAAAGGUGAUGUACAAGCGCAGGUUGGUCUGGGACAGCUGCAUCUGCAUGGAGGGCGUGGAGUAGAACAAAACCAUCAGAGAGCAUUUGACUACUUCAAUUUAGCAGCUAAUGCUGGCAAUUCACAUGCUAUGGCCUUCUUGGGAAAGAUGUAUUCAGAGGGAAGUGAUAUUGUACCUCAGAGUAAUGAGACAGCUCUUCACUACUUUAAGAAAGCUGCUGACAUGGGCAACCCAGUUGGACAAAGUGGGCUUGGAAUGGCUUAUCUCUACGGGAGAGGAGUUCAAGUUAAUUAUGAUCUGGCACUGAAGUAUUUCCAGAAAGCUGCUGAACAAGGCUGGGUGGAUGGGCAGCUACAGCUUGGUUCUAUGUAUUAUAAUGGCAUUGGAGUCAAGAGGGAUUAUAAACAAGCCUUGAAGUAUUUUAAUCUAGCUUCUCAGGGAGGCCAUAUCUUGGCUUUCUAUAACCUAGCACAGAUGCAUGCCAGUGGCACAGGUGUGAUGCGAUCUUGUCACACUGCAGUGGAGCUGUUUAAGAACGUAUGUGAACGAGGCCGUUGGUCUGAGAGGCUCAUGACUGCCUAUAACAGCUAUAAAGAUGGUGACUACAAUGCCGCAGUGAUCCUGUACCUGCUGCUGGCUGAACAGGGCUAUGAGGUGGCACAAAGCAACGCGGCCUUCAUUCUCGACCAGAGAGAAGCAACCAUAGUAGGUGAGAAUGAAACUUACCCCAGAGCUUUGCUACACUGGAACAGGGCCGCCUCUCAAGGCUACACUGUGGCUAGAAUUAAGCUUGGAGACUACCAUUUCUAUGGAUUUGGCACUGACGUAGAUUACGAGACCGCAUUUAUUCAUUAUCGUCUAGCAUCUGAGCAACAACACAGUGCGCAAGCUAUGUUUAAUCUGGGAUACAUGCAUGAGAAAGGACUAGGCAUUAAACAGGAUAUUCACCUUGCAAAACGUUUUUAUGACAUGGCAGCCGAAGCCAGUCCAGAUGCACAAGUACCAGUCUUCCUAGCACUCUGCAAAUUGGGCGUGGUGUAUUUCUUGCAAUGCAUACGGGAAACAAAUAUUCGAGAUUUAUUCACUCAUCUUGAUAUGGACCAGCUUUUGGGACCUGAGUGGGACCUUUACCUCAUGACCAUCAUUGCAUUGCUGCUGGGAACUGUUAUAGCUUACCGGCAGAGGCAGCACCAAGACAUGCCCGUCCCCAGGCCUCCAGGGCCACGGCCAGCGCCUCCACAGCAGGAGGGCCCACCAGAGCAGCCACCGCCACAGUAACAGCCACUGUGGGCAGCCUUGAUCAGUGACAACCAAGGAGAUUGUUUGCUGAGAACACUUGCAUUUGAUUUACAACUUUGGAUCAGUGGCCAUCUCCUGGAAGAGGCACAAGGAAGCAUUGAAUUCCUAAAGCUGCUUAGAAUCUGAUGCCUUUAUUUUCAGGGAUAAGUAACUCUUACCUAAACUGAAUGUUUGUUUCAGUGCCGUAUGGAAUAACAACUCUCAAUGGCUUUCCUUGUUUCUUCUCCUCAUUUUAUUCUUGUUCUUUUUUUGUUUUUAUGGAAACAUGAGACACAGUCAUGUCUACUCUUAUCCAGCUGUCUUUUCUGGGUCCUUUGGGUUAUUCGCUCAAUGUGCCUAAGUUCUUCUAUCAACCACCUUUAACAUCUUCUGCAUCGACACUAAAAACUGAUCAAUGGAAAAAAGAAAACCCAGUUAGUUGAAAGUUUAACCUUAACAUGUUUGAAAGUCUGAAACUAGACCUUGCCUUUUAAGUAUAAAAAAAAAAAAAAAAAAACACUUCAGAAUGUGUCAGAACAUCGAUAACUGAGAAACUUUACCAAUCCACAUGCAAGUAUACAUAUUCAUAUUUGUUAAUUUAUAAGGGACAUUUGGGAGGUUUCCUAUUAACAGUGAUUAUCCUGCUUUUUACCAUACUUCCCUCCUUCAAAGACUGAAAGGCCUUGUUAAAGAGUUUCCUAACAUGUGAAUUUGUCCCACCUACUCAGUGUAAUUUGCUUGUUUGUUUUGAGUGUAUAGAGCUUGGAUCUGGAAGCCAGAGGAUGGACUAAGUGAAAGAAAUUAGAAGAUAAUAUGAAAGAACUCUGGGUGGGGUACUAAGAUCAUAGAAACACUUUCCUGAAAGUUGAAGCAUUUAUUCCCAGGAUUUAUUUUACUUUGCAUUUCUUAUUGCAAAAGAAUAGAUCACCCUCCUGAAUUCUUUAAAUAUGAAAUGUCAUUGCCAGGAUAUGGCAUGCAGUGACUACCAUUAUACUACUAAAACUCAGAGAGUGUAAGAUGCGUUAAAUUCAGCAGUUGAGGAAAGCUAAAGCCUGUGUAUCCUGUUCAGGUAGAUUUUAUUUCUGCAGUUUUAUACUACAGUAGAAAGUCAUUCCCUUGCGUAGUUACCACAUUCACCACCCUCCCGCUGUUAACAUUAGGGAAAUGAAGGGAGUUGUGUGUUAAAUAGUAUGGAAGAAAAACAACAGAGAACAGAACUUCAUUUAUCAUAAAAAUGAAAAAAUUUAAACCAAAUUUGUUUUCUUUUGUCAGAUGGUGGUAUUCACCAACCUACAUCUAGUCUGAGACUGCCUGAGUAUCUGAGCAGGCUUUCUGUGCCUGCUGACCUCACUCUGUAUUAGUGUUUAUGCUUCUUCCAUAAUCCCCCAUCUGCCAGAAAACUUGAAGUUUAUUAACUGUAGAGUUGUAAGACUUUGGAUUUUGAAGUUGGGGUUGUAUUUAGAACUAGAUUUAAUUAGUCUGUAAUGAACAUGAAGGCUUUAAAUGUGAUGUUGUAUGCUUUUUUGUGUGUGUUUAGAGUAUUACGAGAAACCUGGUAAGCAAACUUUCCUCCCAAAUAAUUACUUCCAAAGUUGAAGAGGUGGCCAUGGAGAGAACCAUAUGUAUAAAAGCAUAUCUGAAAGGUAGGAAAUUUUACUCAGAAAAGUGUAAUAUCGUUUGGGGCAUCUCUUAGAUAUUAAGACUUGUUUGAUGUCUUAACACUGAGAUUUGAGUGCCGUUGGUACAAGAUGUUGGCGACUUCACCACUGCCUCCUCUCCCACCCUUCAAAUAAGUCGAGUCCGUUGUGGCAGCCACACUUCAUUUCAGAGGAACUGUUUUAAUUUAGUUAAGUGUUUUAAAAUCCUCUAAGAUGAAUAAACCUUUACCAUCCACCUCAUUUCUCCUUUCACAACUUUUUAAUUCCUAUCUCUACUUCCCUCAUUAGUAUUUUGAAAAAGCAUUUUGUAAAACAGCAUGUGCCUAUAGCUAGAUGGCAAAGCAUGGUUUUUCCUACAGUAACAGACGUCCCAUGAGUUUACCAUUUGCCAUGUCCUUUUUAUUUCUACUAUUACAAACAUCCUUUUCUUGGCUUUUUUGCACCUCCUGUUUUACCCUGGGUCAUAUGCUACUGGAAAUUGGAAGGGUAUCUUUAAAAUAACUUGUUUCUAUGGCUUCAUGACUCCAGUCCUUAUGGCUGUCUCAAAAUACUUCACUCCCUUUUUCUUUUUGUUCAUGGGACAUGAUACCUAAGCAAAUAGGAACUGGGUUUGGUGUUUCUCCUAAAAUAAUGCUCAAUAUUUACCUAAACAAAUGGCAUCCAUUUGAAUAAAAUGACCAUAACUAAAGCUAGUUAAUGUCAGUGACAUUAAACUAACUCCAGGAUUCAGGAGUUUUAAUGUUAGAAUUUAGAGUUAGCAGCUAGAGUGUAGCUUCAUUUCUCCUUGGCAGCCUGUCCCCACGACCCCUUUGAUAGUCUUGUCUUCCUGCCUUUGAAGGUGAUGGCAGUGGUAGUCUACUUAGUUAUCUUCUCCUGUUAUCUGCUUUGUUGGUUAGUAAACUGUUUUAAUCUUGAGACUAUCGUUUUGCUUUUAUUUUAUGUUAAAAAGGUAGCAUUGGUCUUCAGAUUUUUUUCUUUAUGUGUUUGAAGUUUUUGUUUCUGUUUUCUGAGUAAAGUGUAUUUUUGGUUAAUAUUCAGUGGCACGAAGAAAGUAAAAAGCCCUUUUUUCCCCCAAAAAUUCACUAUUUAGCUCUUAAAUGAGAUUAAUUUAUGAAUCACUAAUCUUAAGUACUCUUGAGAAUUUGUUACCUUGUGCAUAUAAGGUUAAUUUGUGAAAGUUUUACUGCUAAGCUGUUUUAUCUCUGUAUCAUUGAGAAGUUUUAGAGACUUCUACCCAUGAUCUGGUGAUGACCUGAUACUUUAUUUAACUAAGCAGUUGCUGUUGCCUCCAGAAAACUUAAGUAUUUUAUAUAGAAUUUUUUUUUUUUGCUUUGUUUUUCCCUCCUUUCUUUGUUCUUCAAACCAGUGUUUUGGAAGUAUGCAUGCAAGCCUGUAAGUGAAGAACACAACUCUUCAUGUGUAGCAUGUGUAUUAUCAUUUAGCUACAUCUGCAAAAGACUUCCUUUACAGAGGUUUGGACUAACAUUUCACAUGCACAUUUCAAAACAAAAUGCUUCAGAUAAACAGCCCCUUUACCUGCCAAGAGGAGCAUUGUGGGCUGCACUUGCCCCACUGACAGCUAGGAUUUGUUUUGAAAGUGUAUUUAAUAUUUAUUGCACAAUAUUAUGACUAGAAGUGUGCAAGAAAUAAAAGAAACUCUUAUUUUCAUGAAAAUUCUUUCAUCAGUCAUUACCCUCGAAAAAAAGUGAAAAUAUAAAUUUCUGAAUACCAUAUUGUCCGAGGCACUACCGGAUUUUUAAAUGUGUGGUAGUCAUUGAAAAGAAGCUAAAUUUCUCCGUCUUGGUAUUUAAAGAAAAUCUAAAAUAUCCCAAGUAAAAAUCAUUUGUAUUUUAAAAUGACUGUACAAAUAAAUACUGAUUUUGUGUGCAUGAGAAGGGUGUCUUGGUUGUGUGCAGGGAGUCAUCUCAGAUGUACCAUUUUUCCUAUUUGGAAUGACAAACAAGCUGACGCUAUGAUUAAAAAAAAUCAAAAUGUUCAUGCGAUCAAGGUAUAACCACUAUCAAUAUUUAGGAGAAAUUUAAAAGACCAUAAGCUGGCAUUGGAAGGAACACCAUAACAGACUUUUUUGUAAAUUUAUUUUGUAUUUAAUUAAAUACAGUAUAAAGGCUGGUGAAGUGUAAUAUAAUUGUGUAAACAAAUCCUGUUAAUAGAGAGAUGUACAGAUUCAUUUUGUACUGUAUCUUGAAACUUGUGAAAUAAAGACUCCACCUCUGGU